UUUGGGUUCCUCUCUGGCUUUUUUUUUUUUUUUUUUUUUGCUGUGGAUUGUAGCAAACAGACUCCAAACCGCUGAGGAGAUCGCUGCAGAUCGACGUGACGACGUGCCUAAAGUCCAAUCGGAGGCUCAACAUUUUUGAUGAUCUGCACAACAUCACCUCAGGGAUUUGGCCUCUGAAAAACACAAGCCAUGUACCAAGUGGUGCCCGGCGGUGCCGGGGGCACGAUUACAGAUGUUAUCCCCAAGAAGAAGCACACCAAGGAUUCUCGACCCUUGGUUGGAACUGGAGUCAUCGGCCUGUUUCUGGUCAUCGCAGCCGUGACUGCCUGGUGUUACUACAUAGCCUCCCUGCGCAAAGCUGAGCUUCUGAAGACUCAGCUGCUGGACCUCAAUAAGGACGGCUACAUUAUCCGCAACCAGGGAGGGUCCAUUGUCUUCAGAAUGAAUUUCAGAUCAGGGACCCUGGACUUGGACUCCUGCUCCAAGGAGGAGGAAAUUCUUCGUUGUAGUCGGACCACUGACAGGAAGCUUAAGUUUUUCAUAAAGACAGUGCAGCCCAAGGACACUGUGCAGUGCUACCGUGUCCGCUGGGAAGAACUGGUUCCCAACAUUCCUGUUGAGCAUGCCAUGACUUACAAGUUUGCGCACUGGUAUGGGGGAGCAGUGUCAGCAGUUCAGCACUGGCCUAUUUCUAUUUCAGGCCAACAGGCUCCCAAACCGUUUGUCACGAGCGACAUCUACUCAAACCGGGAAGAAUUUGGAGGAAUCUUGGAAAGUUACUGGCUGUCAUCCAAUGCCACGGCCAUCAAGAUCAACAACUCUGUGCCUUUUCACCUUGGCUGGAAUGACACGGAAAAAACUAUGUACUUCCAAGCAAGGUAUCAUGAUUCCCCUUUCAAGCCAAACCCGGGUGAGGCUCCUUGUGCUGAACUGAGCUACAGAGUCUGCGUAGGUCUGGAUGUGACAUCCAUACACAAGUACAUGGUUCGGAGAUACUUCAACAAACCGUACAAAGUGCCUGCCAAAGUCAUGUUUGAGCAUCCUAUUUGGUCGACUUGGGCUAUAUAUAAGCGUGACAUUGAUCAGGAAAAACUUUUGACGUACGCUGCCAACAUUCGCAAGUACAAUUUUAACUGUAGUCAUCUGGAGCUCGACGACCGCUACACAAAACGUUACGGAGAUUUCGAGUUUGACCCAGUCAAGUUCCCUAAUGCGUCUGAAAUGUUCCAAAAGUUAAAAUCGGAUGGAUUUCUGGUGUCUCUAUGGAUCCAUCCUUUUGUUAACUAUAACUCUGAAAACUUUCAUCCUCUGGUAGAGCGAGGGCUGUUUGUCCGAGAGCCAACAGGACGGCUGCCUGCGUUGGUUCAUUGGUGGAAUGGCAUUGGCGGUAUUUUGGACUUCACCAAUCCAGAGGCCCGGGAAUGGUUUUCCUCCCAGCUACGUUCACUGCGUUCAAAGUACGGGGUGUCGUCUUUUAAAUUUGAUGCAGGGGAGACGAACUACUUACCUUGGAAAUUUAGCACAAAGAAUCAUAUUCGCGACCCCAGUUUUUUCACAAGGCGCUACACAGAGAUGGCUAUUCACUACAAUGAUCGAGCUGAACUGCGCAGUGGUUACCAGUCCCAGAACAUAUCCUGCUUCUUCAGACCGACUGACAGAGAUUCUGUGUGGGGUUAUGAGCUGGGCCUCAAAUCUCUCAUCCCCACAGUGCUGACCAUCAGCAUCCUUGGGUAUCAGUUCAUCCUGCCAGACAUGAUUGGGGGCAACGCCUACGUGAACUACACAAGCGGAGAUCGGGCACUACCUGAUCGAGAGCUGUACAUCCGCUGGCUGGAGCUGUCUGCCUUCAUGCCUUCUAUGCAGUUUUCUAUACCUCCGUGGGAAUACGAUAACGAGGUGGUGGAAAUUGCUCGAAAGUACACAGCCAUUCACGAAAGCAUUGUGGCGCCGCGGGUCCUCGAGCUGGCAGGGGAGGUUUUGGACACCGGGGACCCGAUCAUACGGCCACUGUGGUGGAUUGCCACUGGGGAUGAGAGGGCCUAUAAAAUUGAUUCCCAGUUCCUGAUCGGGGACGACCUAAUGGUAGCUCCAGUUUUAGAGCCUGGAAAGCAAGAACGAGACAUAUAUCUACCCGCUGGGCACUGGAGAAGCUACAAGGGGGAAAGAUUUGACCUCAAGGAGCCGCUGCACCUCACAGAUUAUCCGGUAGACCUGGAUGAAAUCGCCUACUUUCUUUGGGUUUAGCGAGAAAGAAAGUGAAAGACUUGAUCAUCUCAUGCUCCCAUUUCCCUCCUUUUGUGCCUUUCAAAGAGAUUCAAACACCUUGAACUUUUUUCAUAUUUUGUCACUACAAGCAUAAAAGUCAACGUAUUUUCAUGAAUUUUUAGGUGUUGAUUUCCUACAAAGUAUUACGUAAUCUAACGUGAAGUGAAAGGAUGCAUGGUUUAAAAUUGGUCUUUGCACAACUUAAUCAGAUUUGAAAUAGAGCAUCCUGGCACAGAUUCUCAUUUCUAUUUAGGUCUGGAUUUUGGGUAAUUUUUAGCCUUGCAUGUCUAAAGCAUUCCAGUGUACCUGUGUAUGUUUUGGUUUAAGGUAUCAUAAAUGACUUGUGAGAAACCUCCAACAUUACGUCAUGUUUCUUUCCAUCAGCAAUGACUUUCUUGCUGUUGCUGCCUCGUAAAGUCCAGUUAGUAGAGGGCAUAUCAGUUUUUAUAAAAAUCUUCUAGAAUUGAGUUUUUGAUCUGUGCAACUUCUUGACUACUUUUCAGAUUAAUGCUCCCCUUGCCUGGCCUGUUUGUUUAGGAUAGCCAUGUCUUGGCAGGUUUGCAGUUUUCCUAUUUUUAGAUCACAGAUUGAACAGCCCUCUGUGAGAUCCUCACAGCUAUGGACGGUUUUGUAAGCCAAAUCCGCUAUAAGCUUAUCAGCAAGUUUAUUGCUAUGUUCUUUGGUCUUUAUGGUGUUGUUUGUUUCCUUAUGUUCUUCAACAAAUUGCCUUCAAAGAAUUUACUCAUACAAAUUGACACAGUGGUUUCUCAAGGCAAUUGGUUGCACUGGAUUUUCUUAAGGAACAUCAGAGUAAAAGAGGCUGCAAGAGAAACGUUUCAGAGUUGUAAAAUAUCUUGAAAGCCAUGCAUCCCUCGUCAACCUUUUCACAAUUACGUUGUGUCAUGCCACAAAAAUCCCAAUAAAUACAUUGUGGUUUGUGGUUGUAAUGUGACAAAAUGUGAAAAAGUUUAAGGGGUUUGGAUAGUUUGGCACUGUGCAUGUACAGCAGGUCACGUGAUGUGAAACGUAGGAAAGAUCACCUUCCCUAAAAUAGCUGUGAACAGGAAUUUAACUUGUGAAAUUGCAGCAGAUAUGAAAAGCUUGGUCUUUAUUUGAUUUUUUUUUUAUUUUAGUUUUUGCUUAUUGUUGCCAUAUUCUUUAGCAUUUGCCACUUUUAAAAAACCCCCAGAAAUAAUCUGUUAUCUGUAGCCAGCACUGGCCACUUUAUACCAUUCUGCCUUACCAAAAGAACUAAGAACACAUUUAAACCUCUGUAUAAUCUCAAGCUCACUGAAUAAGCAGGCAGAAUCCAGAUUUUAGAUAUUUAGCGCCGCUUCAAGUCUUAUAUUAAACAUGUAGUAAAGAGGGAAUAUAUAAGCCAAUAAUUGUUUGCCAUAAAGCUGCUUUCUCAGAACCAUUAGGCAGAUUGUACGCUACAUGAUGAUAUCCUGUUCUCCUGCGACGCUAAUGACUGCUCCUCUCGUCGUUUGUUGAUUCUUAUCAGGAAGCCAGGUUUAACGCUUCAGCUAUCAGGACAAGAAGCCGCAGGUUUAAUCAUUACAUUGCUCUCACUGUGUAACAUGGUGCCUUGUAACACGUUUUAGACAAGUAGAAGACGUUUUAAAUAUUUAAUGCUUUUCCUCAGGUAACGGCUUUCUCAAGCUUUGUUGUGUUUAAGGUGUGUAACCUUUAUUAAUGCUUUCAAACGGCUAGAAACAAGUUAAUGUAGUAUAUAUACGGAUGGCCGUAACUGGAAUCCUAAGUGUUUAUUCAGCUUUUUAUCAAUUAAAUGAUAAGUAAUUAUAAUUUUGUAAGUCAGUAGCUUAACUGACCUGGAUUCCCAGCAUAAAUGGUACAAUAUUUUCUUGUCAUAUUCCUUUAAUGUAUGUUUUUCAGUAUGUUGCUUCAAGCUGCUCGUUUUCCCCGUUCCUUUUUAGAUCAUCAGUUGUUGCAAUAUAAGCUAUUUUUAACAGGGUUUUUUGGUAACUAAAGACGAAACGGAUGUCAAUCAUUUGAUUCAGGAUUGGAGCUUCAGACGGAUGCGUUCGUCUGACAUCUCAAAUGGAUACCUAAGAAUACCUCCUGUUUCAUAAGAGAAAUACUGUGAACAAGUGCCAACUUCAUUUGUGCUUCACAUAUUCAGGCACACAUGCAAUGACAUAAUUGAAUGACAGGAUUUUUAUUAUACUUUUUUUUGUUGGUCUUUCAAAAAAUUGUUAGUGAAUUCUUGUUCCUUUUUGAAGCUGAAAUAAAAUAUGACAUUGAAAUUUAAGACCAAGACCUGACCCACUCCUCUCUCUAUUAAUGUGUGAAUUGACCCUUUUUGAAAUGUUGUACAUUAAUGCUCUGUGCCUUUGACCCAUAAAGUGGUGCUAACCUGACUUGAGCCUUCAGCUUGCUGCUUCGGCUCUGACCUCCGUGUGUUUUGUUUUUGUCCUUUGACAUCUCGUCAAGAAAACAUCGCUACGUAUUUAUAGCGGCUCCCGCUUAGCAUCUGUGCCAGGCUCGUCUUUGACACUAUUUCUGUCUUAUGGCUCGACUGAGUGGUCUGGCUAGUUUUGCUUUUGAUUCUUUGAGCUCAAUGUGUGCCUUUGAUGUUUAAUUUUUUUUUUCCUUUUUAAUAUAUGUGUUUGGAUGGGACUAAAAAUCUGCAUUCAUUCUAAUGUGAUUUUGUACUAAUGUAUUAAAAGAAUUAUGAGACCAUC